AGGCGGGCGCCGCAGUGCGGGCAGGCGGCCGGUGAGGGUGAUCUUGCGCGCGCAGCUGAGCGGCCGCGCCAUGGUUCGUUUCGGGCUGACCGUCGUCCGGCAUGGAGAAACAAAAUACAACAAAGACAAGAUACUGCAAGGUCAAGGAGUGGAUGAGCCGCUCUCUGCAACUGGUUUCAGACAAGCUGAAGCUGCUGGUUUAUUUCUUAGUAAUGUGAAGUUUACUCAUGUAUUUUCAAGUGACCUCCUUCGAGCUAAGCAGACUGCUGCCACAAUUCUAGGAAAAAAUAAGUUUUGCAAAGAUUUGGAAAUCAAAUAUGAUGCAAGACUUCGAGAGAGAAAAUAUGGCGUGGCCGAAGGAAGGCCUUUGACUGACCUCAAGGCCAUGGCAAAAGCUGCUGGAGAGCAAUGUCCUUCAUUCACACCUUCUGGAGGAGAAACGCUGGAUCAAGUGAGAGAACGUGCAAGAGACUUUUUUGAGUUUCUCUGCCGGCUAGCUGUUGAAGUGGAACAGAAAGAGCCUGACAGACAAGGGGCGGCAAGCAGAGGCUCAGCAGGAUCUCAAGAACAGUUAGUUUUCCCUUGGACAAACCACUGCAGUGAAGCAGAACUUAGCUCUGACAAUAGUGAAGCUUCUAAAAUAUUAGAUGCCAGUAUCUUGGUGGUGAGUCACGGAGCCUACAUGAGGAACUGGAUCAGUUAUUUUGUGUCGGAUCUCAAAUGUACUUUACCAACAAAUUUAACAAAGUCUCAUUUAUCUUCUGUCAGUCCCAAUACAGGAAUUAGUCACUUCGUUAUAAAACUUGAAAAUGGAAAUUUCUUAAAACCUGAAAUCACAUGUGUUUGUCUUAAUCAAGACUCUCACUUAGUGGACAUGGGAGCUGAAUGUGUAGCUUUUAAGGUGUUUUAAGAGCCUUUGUAGUGGGAAAUGGUUUUAGAUUGCCAUUAUACUAAGCUUGGGAAAGGUAUCUGUAGUAAUUAAUGGGAUUAACUGGAGUUAUUGACACUAAACUGCAAAAGUAAAGACAUGCAAUUGCUUACCAUCUUAAAAUAAGACUAUUUGCAUGGUCUGAGUGCCCGAUAUAAGUUAGCACUAGAGAAAUAACACAAGUAUUCUUUAUGAACAGAAACAUAAUACUUUCAGUUACUUGCAUAUCUGCUUCUAGAGUGAGUAUUUUUUUUUUUAAUUUAUUUUUAUUACCCCAUAAUUAUUUUGGCUAUCUCCAGGUAAGAGCUGGGAGGAGAGAGGAAUGGUACCUCGGAGAUAAACUAUACUGUAGUUUUGGUUUAUUACAAAAUGCUGUAUUAUAAUAUUAAACAUACAUAUUCAAAUAGGUUUUUGAAUGUAUAACCUGAAAAGGAGCAUUGCCUAGUGAAAAAGGUCUGGUACAGAGUGGGGGGAUGUGUUCCUCGCUCUGAUACUGAACAGCUGUGAGUUUCUGGGCAAAUCUGUUUUCCCUUUGUUAAAAUAGGGAUGAUAUACCUACCUCGCAGGAGUGUUGUGUUGUUGAGACCUCUGUGUAAGAGCGCUGUAGAAAAACACAAAAUAUUUAUUUUUAACUGUAAAACAGGACAAGGAAUUUCAUGUAUACAUAGUUGAAAUAAUAAACUGUCUUCUGAAAAGAACCUUACCAGUAAGUGAGUGGUACCUGACUGGAAUCCUGUUGUCAGUUGCAGUUGUACACUUCAUGUGUGAAUAUUUUUGCCUAAAACUAGGCAAAUUUGGUUGCUUGAUGAUUGCUUGUAGUUGCUGAUGUACUGCAUUCUUUCCCCACUAGGGCAUUUGUAGUGUUAUUGUUGAAGCUUAUUUGACUUAACGUUAUUUAUAGUACCCACAUACUUUUUCUUCCUUUGCAUAUUUUAAG